AUGAUACUUCAGUGGGGGUUGCUCUUUUUCCUCGUAACCUGCCUUGUUGAUGGUCUUGGCGGUAAUGAAAGUUUACUGUCCGUAUUCAUUUUGGCUCGGCAUGGUGAAAGAUAUCCUUGUCACAUCCUCCGCCAUCCUGGCUACCCCAAAGAAUUUAUGAAAAUGCGCUGCCAGUUGACCGAAACUGGAGCAAGGCAGCAUUUUGAAUUGGGAAGGUUUAUUGGAAGACGCUAUUCGAGUUUGUUAACAUGGAAAGGAUUUAAGCGGAAUGAUGUCCACAUUCGAAGUACGGGAACCGAACGAACAAUUCUUUCUGCAACUUACUUUGGUCUUGGUCUCGACUCCAGCAAGGAGGUUAAGCUUCCAGUUCUCCCGGCUGUUUUCUCAUCUCCAAAGCGACACGAUUAUCUCCUGAAAAUGUCCUAUCCAUGUUCAGCAUUCGACAAGCUUUAUGAAAAGGCACUUACUUCAAAUCUUACUAGAGAUUUUAUUAAUCGUAUGCGAGGACUUUUUGAUGACCUCAAUAACUUUACAGAAUUUAAUUUUGAAUCGGAUUCAUUGCACAAGUAUCUCCCCAAGUUAUGGGAUUUGUGUGAAUCAAUACAUGCGUGGGACAAGCUGGAGCGUGACACAAAGGGAGAAUCACUGCCAUUCACUUCCGAUCUUGCCUCGGCUUGCCACCGAGCAUUGAGCUUUAGACAACAGUUACUGUUUUCUUCACCCGCCCAAACUUUUUUUCGUGGAGGUCCCCUUUGGCGGCAUGUUCUCCUCACGCUGAAGAGUCGAAUCUCGCCUGGUGAGAAGAAUAUUCUACCCCUUGAAAUUGCAGAUAUUGAUGCCUUGGACAUCCCUAUUGUCAGCGACUCUCGAUUAUUCGCUUAUUUCGCCCAUGAUUCCACCCUAACUGCCUUCCUGAGUCACCUGGGUGCAUUUAAUAAUAUCUUGCCUCCCUACGCGAGCGCUGUUAUAGUGGAGCUGCACAGGCUUGUUCACGGUGAGCUCGCAUUGCGGUUCUUCUACCACAAUGAGAGCAAGCUUUCUCCCUCGCAGCUCAUUCCCUUGACCACGGAGUUGUGUGGUGGUAAAGGAGCCUACUGGUGUCCGCUAGAGGUUUUAGAGGAUCGGCUCCACGGCAAGGCAGCAACUGACAUGGAGAACGCCUGCACCGCAGACGAGACCUCAUCAUCCUCCAUCUCUCUGGCAGCCUCUGCACUUGCCGCCUCCAUACUCUUCGCCUUCGUCCUUCCUAUUGGAUUUAUAAUUCGCGUACUCCUCUGCCUCAUAUCCAUUCUUCUAACCUAUCGAUUCUUGUUCCCAAUUGUGUAG